AAAACCCCAGAGAAGAAAUUUCAGAAAGUACAGAAAUGGCUUAACGUCGUUGAUCCUACUUCCGAUUAUUCAUCAAUGCGCGAGCUUCGUGAACCUGAUACGGGAACUUGGCUGCUCGAGGGACCCGAGUAUAUCAAUUGGAAGGAAGGCCGAAAAGGACUUCUCUGGCUUCACGGUAUACGUGAGUUUACACGCCUGUUCAAAUCUUAUGCUCCGAGGAAGGUCAUUAAUAUUUGUCUCUUGUAGCCGGAUGUGGAAAAAGUGUGCUAAGGUACGAACUCAACUGGGUAUCCAAGGGCACACUAUGAUUUCCUGAUUGCUAACUCUCUCUUUAGCGCUACCGUUAUUAAGGAUGUUGAAAAUCUCUGUGAGUCGAAGGACGAUCACGCAUUGGCCUAUUUCUAUUUUACCUUCAGUGAUUCGGAGAAGCAAAAUUUGGUGAAUAUGCUUUUAUCCCUCAUUGGCCAACUUCCAAAAAGGCCCUCGGAGCGGGGUUUGCCACGCGAGGUUGUUGAUCUGUACAAAAGCACCGGGGCAGUUAGAAAGUCGGCUGAAAUUAAGGAACUGAAAAAAGUACUAUCGCAGAUUAUAAAGGGUUUCGGGAGGACCUUUAUCGUUUUAGAUGCCUUGGACGAGGUCCCAACGAGGGUACGCGGAAGUCUGCUCAGUUGGAUUGGCGAGCUCAAGGCGGAUCACAAUGCGGGAUCGCUUUCGAUUCUCGUCACUAGCCGUCCCGAGGCCGAUAUAGUGGGGUCACUGGAACAACUUAAUGGGUUUUCAAUAUCCCUACAAUCCAGCACCAUCGAUCCGGAUAUCCGUGCAUAUAUACGGAAAUCUCUAGUCGGCAAGAAUGGUUUCAAGAAGUUUACACAAGAAAUCAAAAGCGAGAUAGAGAAAACGCUAGUUUCAGGUUCACAGGGAAUGUGGGUUAUCCCCAAUCGUUGAAUUUCUACUUAUGCUAAUCUUCUGGCGCGUCUUUUCAGGUUCCGAUGGGUAGAUUGUCUCCUGCGGAUUCUGGAAGAAUGUAUGGAACCAAAAGCUGUGCGGGACGCAUUGAGGGAACUCCCGGAAGACUUAGAUUCUAUCUACGCGAGGAUCCUCGAGGCCAUUCCUAAGAGGCAGAAGGAGUAUAUUCGGCGAGCGAUGAAUUGGCUAGCAUUUUCGGCAGAACCAUUGACCCUAAGCCAGCUCGCCGAGGCGGUUGUGAUAGAAUACAAUGUCGACAAGUAUGGCGAGGAUUCGGAGAACCUUUUUGACACGUACUCCCUGAUGAGCAUUUGCCCUAGCCUUAUUUCAUUCGAAGAUGCCAGGGACGGUGAAUCCUCCAGCCAGGACAGCUGGCGAUUACGACUAGCGCAUUUCUCGGUAAAGGAAUAUUUGAUCUCAGACCGGGCGGCGCGGGGCCCCAGUGCCUACUAUCAUAUUUCGGAGGAGAAGGCCAAUUUACGGAUGGGGCACGCUUGUCUUGGUCGAAUUCUCCGGCAUAGCGGAGAAGGUACUAUACGUGGGAACAAAGUCGAAAAAACGUCAUUUCUCUACCACAGCGCUCGCCAUUGGUUCACGUACUUUAGAUCAAUUGAGUAUACGGCACCCACUCCACUCUUCGAGGCUGCGGUAAAGGUCCUCGAGCUUGGCCAAGCCUGGCUAGAUAUGUAUGACCCCGACAAUCCCUGGCAGUCUGAUCCCCUGGAUUCCAGGACUUACCCACCAGCAAUCUACUAUUGCUCUUUAUUAAAUUUAGUAACGGCCUUUAAAUUACUAGUCAACAGGAAGGAGGAGGCGGUAAACGUGAAUGCCCAGGGUGGCCAUUAUGGCAAUGCACUGCAAGCAGCUGCAAAAAAUGGAACCGAACCGAUUGUGCGGCUUCUCCUCGAGCGUGGGGCAGAUGUGAAUGCUCGUGGCGGCUAUUAUGGCAAUGCACUACAAGCAGCUGCAAAAAAUGGAACCGAACCGAUUGUGCGGCUUCUCCUCGAGCGUGGGGCAGAU